GCGCUCUCGCGCCCACGCGCCCACUCACCCGCCCGCCGGCACUCCCGGGAAGUCUCGCGAUGUCGUAGCCGGGUGCUCCCGCUGCGGGAGGCUCUGGCUGUUGCUGUGGUUGCCUGAGUUGCUGCUGCGGCGGUCGCGGCAGUGCUGGUGGAGGUGUCGGCCCUUGGGCGGAUGUUGACAUUGUGUUGUUGUUAUUGCUGACGGUAAUGGCGGCGGCGGCGCCGACGGCCAGGACCCCAUCUCUGUAGCUGAAGCCGAGAGAGCACAGAACGAACUCCGCGGCCUCGGAGCCCGCGGCAGCGACUCCCCUCAGCCUUCGCCGCCUCGCCAGCCCGUAUCUCGGCCUCAGCCUCUGGACAGGCCCCUUCGGUCCGGGGGUCUCGGAGUCUCAGGAUGGCGGAUUUCGACGAGAUCUAUGAGGAGGAGGAGGACGAGGAGCGGGCCCUGGAAGAGCAGCUGCUCAAGUACUCGCCGGACCCGGUGGUGGUCCGCGGCUCCGGUCACGUCACCGUAUUUGGACUGAGCAACAAAUUUGAAUCAGAAUUCCCCUCUUCAUUAACUGGAAAAGUAGCUCCUGAAGAAUUUAAAGCCAGCAUCAACAGAGUUAACAGUUGUCUUAAGAAGAAUCUUCCUGUUAAUGUACGUUGGCUACUUUGUGGCUGCCUUUGUUGCUGCUGCACUUUAGGUUGCAGUAUGUGGCCAGUUAUUUGCCUCAGUAAAAGAACACGAAGAUCGAUUGAGAAGUUAUUAGAAUGGGAAAACAAUAGGUUAUACCACAAGCUGUGCUUGCACUGGAGACUGAGCAAAAGGAAAUGUGAAACGAAUAACAUGAUGGAAUAUGUCAUCCUCAUAGAAUUUUUACCAAAGACACCGAUUUUUCGACCAGAUUAGCAUUUACUUUAUUUAUAGAGACUUUCCAAGUAUGUUGUCUUUCCAAUGGUGCCUUGCUUGGUGCUCUCCUGGUGGUGACAUAACAUUGGUUCUACAGAAUCGUGUGGUGUUUUUUUUCUGUUUUUUUUUUUUUUUUUUAAAUAACCGCAUGUUCUAAGUGUGCAUUUUUGUCAAACUUUGCAACAGUUAUUUCAUACAGAUGUUUAAUACUUAAGUUAUUGUGCUCUUUUCUGUUAUGUAUUCUGAUUUUCAAGGAUUACUUUUUUGUAUUAUCAAAAGAAAAAUACAUUUGAACUUAGCAUAAAAAGUGGCCAGCUUUUUUAUUUUACCACCAAGGUAUACACAGUCCUUUAUUUAUUAAUUCCUUAAUAUAGAAAAAGACCUUUGUAAGGCUCUACUUAUCUAUCAUUCUAGCAAGCACACUCUGUAUUAUUUCUCUUGCUUUUUAAAUUUAUUGUCAUUAUUUUAAAAUAGUGUUUUCUUUCAUAGCUUUUUGAACCAUAACAUAUUCCUUCUCAUACAAUUCCUAAUGCUAUGUUUACAGCAGAAAUAUCUGUAACAUUAUAAAGACCUGUCAAAUAUUUUGAAAGUAUUUCCGUCUACAAAAGUCGUAAGGCAGGAUUAAAUUAUUUUCAUUAGAAUAGACAAAUCAGUGAAUGGUAUGCAUGCAUCUAAUGUUUACUAGAGCUCAGGAUCACAAAACAUAGUAGCAUUGCAAUCUGUAUAUUUUUGAUCAAGGUAUUAAUUUAAUGGCCUUAUUUGGGUUAUUUUUUAUUGUUUUAUCAAAUCUUAUGUACAAAAGUGUAGGAAUACUAGAAAUACUCCUUUAAAAAAUUUCUAAGGAAACUGUCUCUCAAUCUAACAGCAAUUGUAGAAUGCGUAUGUUUCUGAAAAGUUUUAGAAAGAAAACAAACAUUAUAGAAUUAAACUGAUGUUUAAUAUCCCAUUGGUAUUUAAAACAGAUUAUUCCUAAGAAAUGGAGGGCAUAUCUAGUACUGUUUUAAUCCACUAGUUUGCUUUCAGUCCAGUUAUGUAUACUUUUCUGAUUAAGAGUAUGAUACACAAGUUUGAGUCAGAUCAUUUUGUUUCUUUAAAAUAUGUACAGGCAUACAUUUUUUUUUUUCUGCUCCUUUUGGUUGUACAUAUCUCCAUGCAUUUUAAAACUUUCUAAAUUUCUGAAUGGCCUAUGUGUAAAUUUUUGUUUUUAUAAACCUUGAAAUUAUACAAAUUUUGUGUGUGUAUACAACAUGUUCCAUAUAGCUGUGGUAUCGAGCAAUAAUGUGAAUAACUUUUGAAAUUAUAUAAACUAUGCUUAAUUUGUAUUAAGAAUUGGUACCACUAUAUAAUACUUUUCCUUGUAUUAAAUCUUUUAAAUACCAGUUUCAUUAAUUUAUAUACCUGUAUUUUUAAAAACUGUUUCUUUGUACUUCUCCAAAGUACUGUAAUUCUAUGUGAAUUUGAAUAAUUUAAUGACAUAUCCUAUCAUAUAUUAGGAACUAUCUUAAAAAUUAGGGUUUUUGGAGAGGGGUGCGUCCUGAGAUUUAUUUGUUUCCUUUGCUUCCCAAAACAUCAACUUGAAUUUAUAAAACACUUUUCCUGUGAAGAGCUCAAAGUACAGAGAAUUCGUACACUUCUCAUUUUAUUUACCUUGUGUCUUGGAUAUGUCCUAUCACCUUAAAGUAGUGCAAAUUAAAAGAUAAUGCUAUUCAGAAA